AUGAGCCAUUUUGCUCGGAGCAAUGCUGUACAAUACAAUAUGUCGCCUAGAAAACAGGUAAAAUUUCAAAUUUAUCUGAUAGAAACAUUGUAGUCAGUUUUUUAUUUCGAUAAAUACCAACUUUCAACUGUUAAAGUGAUAAACUACAAUACAAAAAAGAAACAAAAAUAAAUACGUUGAUCGUACUCUGAUGUGAAACUUUGAAUAGUUCAAUUUCAAAAUUUGUUCUAUUUUUUGCAGGUUUCUUCACCGCUUCCUGAUCAACCUCGUCGAAUUUAUGAAAGAGGACAUGCACAUUCGCGAUCUUGGAAUCCAGGUGUUGGAAGUGGUCCAUCUCCUCCACCUCCACCACCAAUAAUUAAUCAAACAUCUUACCGAUAUUUUGAGAAUGUGAGACUUUUAUUUACAUGAAAUAUGAGAAUCUGUGACUCAACAAAUCCUUAUUCAUUUUCAGAAAGACGAUUUUGUUGCCCCUGUUAUUCGAAUGAUCGAAGUUCCAAUUAUUAAUGAACCACCUUCUCCAACCCCAAGGGAACAUUCAGAGAGAAGACGGAGUUUUGUACCUAGACAGGUUAGUUGAACUUUUUGAAUGAUAUCAUUGUUAUUUUUAGGCAAAAUCAUUUGAUGAUCGAAAUCCACAAGUGGCCGCUGAUCGUAGACUUGCACUUGAUCAAAGAUCUUAUACAUUAGCCGAAAAAAUUCGAAAUGAAGAAGAGGAAGAAAAGGUGCAAGUAUCAGUUGCGUGUCAAAGUUUGUGGGCAGCAAAAGGGCAUUUAGAACAAUUGCACGCACUUGGAAUAUCUGAACCUUCUUCUGUUUCAACUUCUUUUGAAUCAAAUACUGAUAGUCAAGCAACAGCUGAUACAAUUGAACAACAAAGAAAUGAAAAUGCAAAAGGAAAACGAUUACAAUAUAAGUAAGUUGGGAUUAAUCAAUUGGAAGUUUGGAAUUGAAAAUGAUCUAGAAUUGAAAACAUUAAUGUUUAAUCUGAAACUUCUAAUAGAUCAACAUCAUCUUUGCCAACUCGAAUUUUACCAGUCGCACCUGAUGAGUUUAAUUUACUUCAACAAGUUUAUGCAUGGGAAUGUCGAAGAUCCCAAUUCAGAAAUUUGUAAAUUAUUAGUAUACUAUUCCAGUAGACUUUAUCAAAAUCUUUACAGUUUUGGUCAACUUCCACAUGUAAAAUCACAAGAAACGACUUUGACUAAAAGUACGUGUAGAAAAAACUCACAUUCGAAAUGGUCGAAAAAACGAAAACUUAAUAAUUUGUGGGUUAUGGUAUUGAAAACGCAUGACAUUAGCUGUGUUUCUGAACAACGACCCUAGCUAGACAAACAUUCAACCCUAAAAACCUAGAGUUCCUCUUCCCGAAUUACUGUAGACAAGACUCCUGCUCACCUCAAAGUUGUUUUCACUGCCACUUUCCAGCUCUGAUAAUAAUAAAAAAUGAAAAAAAAACCAAAUAAUAAUUGAAAAUGACCAAGUUCACGUAGUAUUUUUCUAGAAAUCAUUUUAUUUUAGUAAAUUUAAAGUUAUUUCCCAAGAAACUAACUAGAUCUCAUGUGACGUCUUUAUGAAAUUAAGUAAAAUAGACAUUAGGAAAUAAAAUAAAUUAAAGAGUAGGUGGCGACAAAUGCUGACCCCUCGACCAGGUUGAUUCUCGGUGACGGUUUAUAUAGUGUUGAUUUGAUUGCGGGUUACUGUAUCUGAAAUAAAACCAUUUAUUUCGUUAUUGAGGGAGGGAGUGAGAUAGUGUGUGUUUAGUAUACGCGCAGGUUCACAGCUGAUAAAGAAUGGCUUUUAUUAAAGUUUUGAAAAGAUAUUGGUUUUCAUAUUGCAACGGAAGUUCAAACUACAAAAAUGUUAGUGGGAUAGUAAAGAAUAGAAGACUGGAAUUAUUUAGGUGAUCACAUUCCUUUACACCUUACCCCUUUUAAUGAGGACCGUCCUCGGUCCGAUAAAAAUUACUGUAUCCCUAAAUAAUUAUGAAUUUGAGAAAAACUAAACGUCCGAUAGGACUGGAAGUAGAAAAAAAAAUUAGUUUCGGAAUCAAAGAAAUGAAAGAAAAACAUUAGAAGAUAAUUUAUUUGCUAAGUUCGACGUUUCCACCCAACGUAAUGCUUAAGCAUCCCUCGGUAAAUGUGGUGUCUCUAUGGCUAGAUAUUGUUUUGCCUACUUUACCUGUGGCUGGUUCCCAACUCACUUUAAGUUAACUUUUAGCGAAAACAUAACCGGCAGUGAUCCUCGUAUAUCGAGAGGACUAAUUUGUGAAUAUAUCUUUUUUCCUUUUUGAUUUUCUUGAAAUAUGCUGUUGAAUUUAGAGCAGCAAGUGAUUUGUCGAAUAGAAUGAGGAUUCUGCUCCUUGUUGUUUUGACUCAAGAUUUUCUCAUCUAGUUUCCAAAAUAUCGAAGCAACUCGAAAUCAAGUAACAAAUUUGAUAUUCGCGGUUGAUCAUUGUCGUCUACGACGCACCAGGAUGUCAGAAUGCGAAAAAAAAACUUUUGUGAAUCUCAAAUGAUUGUUAAUAACUUAUGAUUUUUCUUUGACUGAUCUCAAUGUUACUCAAAAGUAGAGUUUCCACCCAGAGUGUUGUUUACCCAACCCCCGGUAAAUGUGGAAAACUCUUCGUUUUUGUAUAUGACUAACCUUUUCUGAAAACUGGUAAUUGUUGAUUCAAAUAUUGACUGGGCCCAUUAUCAAUUCUUGCAAUUUGGAUCUCCAACUCCUUCAUAUUACGGAACUCAUCAGAAAGAGUAUACCUUCUUGAUCUUCUUGAAAUUCAGUAGCUUCGCGUUUCAUCCAGAAAAGGUCGUGAGUAGUUUCUGAAAGAAUAACAAUAUUGGUUAAAGACAUAAGGUGAUGGUCACGCAAAAGGAGACAAAUUAAAGAAGAACUUGAGUUGGAAAAAUGAUUUGCUUGGAGAAGAAAGAAAAGAGAGAGAAAAGGAAACGAAAAGUAAAGACCUUCAAUGUUAAAUGUCAGUGAGCGUUAACUCCCAACUUCAUGAAAAUCUCUUGUGUCUCUUCGAUGUUUUCUUCGUUCUUUCGGUGUACUUCAGCAAGUUUGAUUUCUUCACUCGUAAGUUCCUUGACAUGCUCCAAAUGAGUUCACUUUGCUCGUUGUUGCUACUUCUUCCAAAAGUUGUUCAUAUUUCAAGGCGACAUUUAUGGCAUCCGAAAAUGUUUUCGGUUCUUUGCUUUUGACAUGAAAUUUCAAAUCGGUUCGAAGACCGUCACAGAAAUAAUCUAUACAAAUUACGGAAAAGGUUUCUGAUUUUUCGCCUGGGUGCGCUAAUUGUGCUAGUUUUCUGAUUUUAUUUGAGAAAGUCUCAACCGACUCAGUUAACCCUUGAGUGCAAUUUCUUAUUUGUUGACGCGCUAAUUGAGCCUUGAGCGGGUUCUGGUACAACUUUGCAAACUCACUUUUGAAAUUUUCGAAAGAGAUGGUGUUGUUGCGAUCGAGAAUAGUCGUUGCGGUAUCUCUUGCGCCUUCCCUGAGAUAAAUCAGCAGUGUUUUGAUUUUUUCGGUGUCCGAGAAUUUGUAGCCAAAGGCUUCGACAUUGUCCGAAAAAGUUCUUAAAAACGAAGUGACACAUUCUGAUGAGAGACCCGAAAAAGUGGGAAUUGGACCCGGUCCAUGAAAAGUUCCUAACAUAUUGAUUCUCAUAUCAUGAGUCUCCGCGGUAGCGAAGCCCAAAUUGGUAUUUUUCUCGGAUGCUAAAAAGAGGUUACUAGGCUGGGACGAGUUCAAGACAUUAGAAAUUUGGGAAUGAUCCGAAAAUCUCUUAGAUUGGUCCCUCAAAGAACUUUCGAAAUUUUGGGUAUUGAUACCGUUAACACAACGGCUUUUGUUCAAAUGAAAAGUUUCAAUGUUAAAGACUCUCUGAGAUAACUCUGAGGCCUCUUCUUCCAUACGCGAUUGAGUUUUGGACCGGUUCGGCUCGACGUGGUCGGGCAUUUCUGGAAAGCUCAAAUAGGAUAUUCGGAAGUUGGUUGAACAAUAACAAUUAAGGUGAAGAAAAAAAAAUCAGAAAACGAACUGAUCAGAAAAAAAAGAUUUAAUCAUGAAGGAAAUCCAAAAAUCUAGAAUCAGAGUAACGUCAAGCUUGGAAGCAACGUGCGUUAAACUUGAAAUAGUUUUCAAAAAUGAAGUCAAGCAGCAGGUGGAAUUGUUCAGAGGGCGGGAAUUCGAAUUAAAAAAGAAAGGCAACGGCUUGUAUAGAAAAUUGUUGAUAACCCUCCAAACGGUGUUUGGGCGCUAUAUUUUUGAACAAACAGAACUUUUACUUUUUGAAUUUCUUCAAAAGAGCUUGCUUCUUAGCAAUACGGAACAGAAAAAAAAAUCGAUGGUAGCCCUCCAAACAGAGUUUGGGCGCAAUAUUUUUGAAGAAAAAACUAUGAACCAUAAUUUGAAAUGAACUACGAAACAGGACUACAUACGACUUUGACUUGUGGAAGCGUGCGCUCGGACCUCUCUAAUUGUGUUUGCUGGCCAGCUUCUCUCUCAGGUCCCGAGCCAAAAAUUGGGCGAUCUCAUUCUCUCUCUCUCUAGGUGACGCGCGGGCCGAGGCGGUUCGAAAUAAAACUAGGGGGCCCUACCCUACUACCCUUGUUUCGCCCUAUUGGCGAAACAAAACCACCGCUGACUACCAGUAAAUUUAAAGUUAUUUCCCAAGAAACUAACUAGAUCUCAUGUGACGUCUUUAUGAAAUUAAGUAAAAUAGACAUUAGGAAAUAAAAUAAAUUAAAGAGUAGGUGGCGACAAAUGCUGACCCCUCGACCAGGUUGAUUCUCGGUGACGGUUUAUAUAGUGUUGAUUUGAUUGCGGGUUACUGUAUCUGAAAUAAAACCAUUUAUUUCGUUAUUGAGGGAGGGAGUGAGAUAGUGUGUGUUUAGUAUACGCGCAGGUUCACAGCUGAUAAAGAAUGGCUUUUAUUAAAGUUUUGAAAAGAUAUUGGUUUUCAUAUUGCAACGGAAGUUCAAACUACAAAAAUGUUAGUGGGAUAGUAAAGAAUAGAAGACUGGAAUUAUUUAGGUGAUCACAUUCCUUUACAUUUUGUUCAAUUUCCGAAAAGUGCCUAAUAAGAUAUUUUUUGAAAUCACGAGAUUAGGCUGACAAAAAUGUGAUAAUGCGGUCCCAAAAUGCAAUAAUACAACAUUUUUUCCCGCUUUGGCUAAAAAUGAUCAAAUCCAACGUUCCGAGUUUUCAGUUUCAGUUCUUUCGGAAAAAAAUAACUUCUAAUGUUAAAUUUAACAAUCCUAUUUUGUUUUUUCUGCCUUUGUCUUGUCUUUCUCUAUCUGCUCAUAUAUGAUGUUCUCGGUGAAAAUUGUGAAAUUUCCCGAUUUCACACAAAAACCGAAAUGAAAAAGUAAACGAGAGAGUGUUGCGUUUAGAAGAGACGAGGAGAAAAGGAGAAAAAAUGAGAGAUAGAAACUCGUAAGAGAGACGCCAGACAACAGGACGUUUGCGAAUUUUUUCAAACCUCAAAACCAUUUUUCGUUUUUUCACAAAAAAUGCUAAAAUCGUUCAUACUUAACCAAAUUUUAAAAUCUUUACGGCAAAAGAUAGCAAAUCCUUGAGAAUAGAAAUGGCAAAAAGAAAAACCUCAAAAACGUUUCAUCAAACGUCAAAAAAUAUGAUUAUAGGGUUUUCGCCUGGAUUUCCCUUGAUUUUUCGAUUUUCUUUCUAUGAAUACUUUUACUGUUAUUCAUUUGUUUAAUGUUAUAUAUUUAUUUGAGUUUAAAAAUGGGUGAGAAUUAGAGAUAUAAGAGAAUUUUUCGAAAAAUAAGGAAAAAGUUCAGAAAAAUUCCAACACGAUAUAUAAAAUGUUCCCUUCAGAAUCCUACCCUCUCUUUACAUUUUUUACAAAAAAUUUGAAUGCAUUCGCACAAAAUAUUGUCCCAUAGUCAUCAAUAACUCUAUUAAAAUUAAUCAAUUUUCAAAAAUAUUCCAGAUCUCUUUUGCUACAACGACAAUUUUUAUCGACAGCCGCCGUUUCGAGUAUGGAAUCAAAUAUUUCGACAGAUGAUAGCGAUCCAAUUUUUGCGAGUAGUUUUGAUAGCACAAGAAGUGAAUUGGGUAUGAAAGAAAGACAACACCAGAUUGAAAAUAAUUUGAAUUUUUUAGAACGUCGCCGGCUUUCACUUUUAAAUCAAGCUGAUCAAAAUGAUUCGGAUGAAGCAUGUACAAGUACACAACGAGUUAAUCAUCGUGAUUACAGGUUUAUUUUUCAUUGUCUAAAAAACGGAAAUUUUAGGAGUUACUAUGAGAAAGAAUAUUGUAAGUAGACAUUUUUGCAGUGUUGAUGCGACUAGCGAUUCAUUAUUCCGAGAAUGGAGUCGUGUUGAUCCAGCUUAUGUUGAUAAUUCGAAUCAACGUCUACAACGUGGGCACACAGUCGAUCAUUCUUCACAGUAAGUUUUAAUAUCUUUUGUCAAGAAUUUCUAAAAAAAAAAUUCAAAAUUCUUAUCGAAAUAAUUACAGUAAGCAUCUUCGAUGGGCUAAUUAAAAUAAGGUUACAAAUUUAUUGUGUCAGCUUAUGUGUUUUUUUUUUAUUUUAAAAAACCAUUAUAUUUUUCAAUUUACAGCUUUCAACCAAAUCGUUCGCAUUUUCAACGUCAAUUCUCGUUAGUUGCUUCUCCAAUGGCUCAAAAUCAUCGUCGACAUACUGUGGUUUCAUAUCGAGAUGGUUGA